GCUGCCCGCGCUAUCUGACCCGACCUCCCGCCUCUUCUUCUCCUCCGCCCCACAGCUUCUGCCCCCAGCGGCCCGGGAGGAACUGAACCAUCGCUGCACAGGAAGUAGCGGCUGCGGGGAGCAGCGGCGGCGACAGCUGGGGCUGCCGCACUCAAUGAGCGAGGCUCCCGCAGCCGCCCGCCCUGCUCGCCCCUUCCCCGCCUCCCGAGGGCAGCGGCGCCGAGCCAGCCCGCCGCCGCCGCCGGGGGGGCACCGCGGGCAGCAGCAGGCGGAGGCGGGCAAGGCCGUCCGCCCUGGGGCUGGAGGCUGAGGCGGGCAGAGGCAGCUCUGGCUCUUCCCGAGGAGGCGGCGGCGAGGACUGCAGGCAAAUGAGAAAGCAAAUCGCUUGAAACAUAAACAGCGAUACUUCCCUGGAGGGAGGAGAUGGGGAUUCUCCUGUUGCUCUGAGUGUUGCCAGGUGCCAGAAGUGGUCCCCAGUGGUGGUGGACAAUUAUUCUGAGUGACGGCCCUUGCAAACGCUUCUGAGUGGUUAUCAUGGGCUUCAUUGCCUUUCUGAAGACCCAGUUCAUAGUUCACCUCCUCAUCGGGUUCGUCUUUGUUGUGAGUGGACUGAUCAUUAACUUCAUUCAACUAUGCACACUAGUCCUCUGGCCCAUAAACAAGCAGUUUUAUCGACGAGUAAACUGUCGCCUUGCCUAUUCACUUUGGAGCCAGUUGGUAAUGCUGCUGGAAUGGUGGUCAGGCACAGAGUGCACCCUGUUCUCAGACGAGGCCACGGUGAACACCUUUGGGAAGGAACACGUCAUCAUUAUCUUGAAUCACAACUUUGAAAUUGACUUCUUGUGCGGCUGGACUAUGACAGAGCGCUUUGGAGUGCUAGGGAGUUCUAAAGUCCUUGCUAAAAGAGAGCUACUAUAUGUGCCCCUAAUUGGCUGGACGUGGUACUUCCUUGAGAUUGUUUUCUGCAAAAGGAAAUGGGAAGAAGACAGAGAUACAGUUAUUGAAGGAUUAAAACGCUUGGCUGAUUAUCCUGAAUAUAUGUGGUUUCUCCUGUACUGUGAAGGAACCCGUUUUACAGAGACCAAGCAUCGGAUCAGUAUGGAGGUAGCUGAAUCCAAGGGGUUGCCUAAACUGAAAUACCACCUGUUGCCCAGAACCAAAGGUUUCACCACUGCUGUCCAGUGUCUCAGGGGAACAGUUUCAGCAGUAUAUGAUGUAACACUAAAUUUCAGAGGAAACAAGAACCCAUCUUUAUUAGGGAUUCUUUAUGGGAAGAAAUAUGAAGCAGACAUGUGUGUAAGGAGGUUUCCUCUAGAAGAUAUCCCUCAAGAUGAAAAGGAAGCUGCAAACUGGCUUCAUAAGCUUUACCAGGAAAAGGAUGCUUUGCAAGAGAUGUAUAAUCAGGAAGGCAUAUUUCCUGGCCAGCAGUUUAAACCUCGUAGGAGACCAUGGACGCUCCUAAACUUUCUUUUUUGGGCCACAGUUCUUCUCUCUCCUCUCUUCACAUUUGGCUUCGGAGUUUUUGCAAGUGGAUCACCUCUCCUCAUCCUUGCAUUCCUGGGAUUUGUUGGAGCAGCUUCCUUUGGAGUUCGUAGACUGAUAGGAGUAACCGAAAUAGAAAAAGGCUCCAGCUAUGGCAACCAGGAAUUCAAGAAAGAAAAAUAACUGACAGCUGCAGUUCAGCACAUAUAACCAGACUAUGGUGUCCGAUUAACUUCAGUUAAAAAACAACAAUGAACACAUAGAAACUGUAUUUUCUUAAUAACUGAUGACUAAUAUUAACGAAUAAAACUUGAGCCAAGAAUGAAGAAGUUGGAGGCAUCAACUGAAGAGAACGCAUCAACUUUCUGCCUGUUUAAGGAUUACUGUAGUCAAACUGUGGGAGAAAAUCUGGGGUGGGAUGAAAGAAGCAGCUAAUUUUUCUUGCUUUGUUAGGGGACUUGGGAGUGGGGGAAGAAAAGAGGGCAUUGGCCAUGGCCACGUGCAUCUUCAGAUGACUGAAUACACUUGUUUCUGUCAAGAGCACUACACUCACUUUUACAACAGGAGCCAUUGAAUGUUUCCUCUUGCUAAAGCCAACAUGUUUGUUGAUUUCCAACUUUUUUUAUUAAUGAGCCAGGAAAAUCAACCCUUCUUAAAUUAAUUACAGAUGUUUAUUUGGUUAGAAUAAUUUUGGAAAGGCUGUGUUGUCGUGGCUGCAGAUAAAAUCCUACCUGUCUGUUACAAUGAUACUUUUUAUUUUUAGGCAACAUCUUAAAACUUCGUUAAUGUGAGGGAAUGGGUAGUGGAGUUUGGAAGCAGUGUGUUAUUGAUCAGCACAUACCAUAAAACAGAUCCACUAGCAUUAAAACAGUUUAAAAUUCUCAUCAUACCUCCAGCUAAUUGCUCAAGGCUGUUUAAUUUUGAAGUAUUACUUCAGUCUUGAGUGUUAUUUCCCUAUUUCACAACCUACAUGUAUGAUGAUCGUGUUUCUCUUUAAGGGCUUGUUAUGUUUUCUGAAUUAAUGGUGAUUGAGGAAUUGAGAGUUGUGUGAAGAAGAAAGUUAAUUCAGUUUUUCUGACGUUUUCUCCUGUUAUUUCUAUUUGAAUCUCGUAUCGCCAAAGUCCAUUUCAGCCAGCCUCUCUCACUAAACUGGGAGGCAGCAGCAGAAAUCAGCACAAUAGUUUUCAAGGUGUCAUCUUUUACAAAAAUCUGAAAAGGAGAGAGGUCUGUAGCAAUCAGAUUUCAAAUACUGUCAUUUCUUGAACUUUUAAUGAGAGUUUUGACAUUGAUUCAGAUGGGGUCAGGUUCUUACUGACCCUGUGUACUUCAGCUAUAGGGUGUGCUGCAUUUUGUACUUGGACAUGCUUUAGAUGUUAGUCUGAAGUAUAUUGCAAGGUGAGCUGUGCUGUUAAGCAUUAGAAAGAGUAUAGGAUCUCUUCAGGGAUUUUAAAUAUCUUUAGUUUUGCGUGUUGACUUUUGGGGGGCUUUUUCUUCCACUGAAAAUUAGAGAUUAGAAUCAUGCUGUACCUGUGCUUUUUUCCAGACACACAUUCUGAGAUUUUUGUAGAUUGCUGCUGUAUGGGUAGCAGAUGUGUUAUCUAACCGGUGUACCUGUACAUUUAAGUCUGAAGGCCACGAUCUGCAUUUGGCUAUGCUCAGAAGUUGGUGAAAUGGGUUGCAGAUCUAAAGCUGAGGGCAGAAGCUGACUCUCGGGGUCUGUAUUUUUAACCCAGCUGCCACUACUUAUCUCACUUUUGUAAAGAGCUGAUCUUAUCAAAGCAAUGAUCAUUAUUUUCAUCUUUGUUCUAGUAGCCAAGAUAAGAGAGUAAUAAUUUACUUUUCAUAUUUACUGUAACUGUUGGAAUGUAACCUCUUAUCCUGCAGGUUUUUCUGUUUUCAAACACUGGAAAAGCAAUUUUGUAACUUAGAAAAAUAUUUUACUUGGGAUCAUUAAUCACUAUUCUGUCAGGCACUUGAUUUUUAUUUGUGGUCUUUUCAACAAGAGGUUUUGAAGGAUGACCUACAUUGUCUGUGUCUUAUUAGACUCAUCCUCACUGAAUCACUGCACCUGUAGCCCCAGCAUUCAUAUGUCAUCUUUGUCCCCUCAAUAAAUCUUUCCUAAGAUAGGGGUGCAAAACUGUUGUUAAUCUUAGUGGAAUUUGGAAUAUGCUUUUGGAAUUGAGGAGAACAGAGCUUAGCCAGGACUCUCUUUUCCUUGCUGAAUGUUUUUGUACUUUGUCUAUAAAUACGGUUAGACUUCCAAAUGCUGAUGAAGAUAAUUCUCUGAUUUUUCCUUGUGUUUUAACCAGAGGACUGAAAGCAGUGAGCUUUUUGUUCUUUUCUUUAGCCUUUUAUUUCUUUUUCCUUAGUAAUGGGUAUAGUUCUUGCUGCUUAGAGAGAUGUUACAAAUGCUGUACACUUGCUUCCUGAAGAUGAUACUGAGUUUAUAUAAAUUGUACUGGCUUAGCAGUGAGUCUUGCAAAGCAGUCUGACCACUGACAUGUUUUAUACUUACAUUUUGAGCAGUAUAUUAAUGGGCAUGAAAAGAAUUUCACAAAAUAAAUCCCUUCUUAAUACUGAGAAGAGGGGAGAUGCUUAUAGGAGAGGGGAAUUAAUAACCUUUCUCUUUACAGGAUUCUUUUCUCCUCUUAGUGCAUGUAGCUCCCUAUUCUGAAUCAUGGGAUUAGUGCAUGUACAUCAAGGGGAGAAUAAUCAAGAUUUCAUAUUUUCUUAUGAUAACUUACUGGUCGUGCUUUCUUUUUGAAAAUAUAAUACAUCAUCACUUACGUAAAUUUUGCUCUUCUAAACAGACAUAUCAGUAGUCAUUUUGAAAACUGAAAUAUAUAGCAAUGCACAAAACACUACAAAACCAACACAAGUCUCUUCAUUUUGAAUUUUAUCUCUUCAAUAGGGGUUUUUAUACACACGCACGUGCACAUGUACACAGAGUAUGUAUAAAUUAAAAUGACUGGAAAUAGCUGAAAUUAAUGUCACUAAUGAAAAUUAGCAGGUGGCUUGGAUUGGAAAAAUGAGCAUAGAUUUUAUAUCUUAUUUUCUUCUGGUUUAAUAGAACAUAGCUUGUAUAUUUGACUACCAAGCCCUUUAAGAGCAAUAAUAAACAAAAUAUAUCGUGUUUUUUGUCUUUUGAUUUUCAACCAUGCUAGCUUUAAUAAACUUAAAGCUAUGGGAGUGUUUUCUCUCUGCACUUUUGAAAACUUUCACUUAUUGUUUCAUUGUUUAGACUAAAUACCUUAUUCUCCAGGAUGGACUUGCAAGCUGACUGCCAUGGAGUUCAGCAUUGACUCCGAAGAUUAAUGGUUCUCAGACUGAUAUGGACAGAUGCUAAACUCUUUGCCUUGACAGCAUUUGACAUUGUCAUAAAGAACGAUCAUGUUGCUCUCGUCACCAGUUCCAAGGUAGCAUCACGUUGACCUACAUCUAAGAACCUGGUGGGAGAGCUUGGAGACUGCUGGAUUAGUGGCAUCUCUCACUUUGGAAGGCACAAAAAGCUGAUGCUGAAGGAGGACUGGAUAACUGUUAUCCAGAGGUCUUGGCUCAGUAGGAAUUACAGUUCUCUGUUGCCCAUUGUGGGCUGAAUGUGAUCUUGCAAUUGACUUUGUCUGGCACAAAAAGCAUGGGCAACGUUCCUUUGUUCUGCUUUAAAUUAUCUUGAAGGGCUCUACACUUGCUUGUUGACCAAUGAAUAUAGCUACUAUCUUUGUCCUAAUUGCCUAGUAUUCACAGAAAAAGUGAGCGUAUCUGCUCGCUUCCACGAUACCACUUGUCUCGGUCAUGGAUGUCUGUACUUGCUGGCCUGUAUUUUCUGUAGAUGGUUCAGUUACAACCUCUUAGCUGGAACUUAGCUUUCCAGUCCAACCAAUCCUGUAGAAACUGUCUCAUAUAGCUGGGGUUUUGUCUUCCUGCAUUUUGCCCUGGUUGACGUGCUCAGUAGGUCUGAAGUGACACAGUUUGUGGUAAGCAAUAAUGCAACUUUGCUGCUUCAGAGCCAAACAUUCAUUAGGGAAGAUAAGUCCUUCCCAGGCCUGCUCACAUAGGCCAUCACUACCUGGUAACAGGUCCCUCUGGCAUUGAUGAAACCAACAGAAGGGAGUUGGAACAAGGUCUUUAGUAACACUUGGAGUAAUUAGCAAGCAGGGCUUCACUGUACAUCUGAUAAUUUCUAAAGGUAGUGUUCCUGUCUGGGACUACCCCAAAAAACUGUACAUUUUGAUUAAAGAAAUGUGGGAUUGGAGGCUUUUAAUUGAAGGCAGAUAAUAUUCACUUAUUUUGGCAUAUUGGAGAAGUAUGUACGAAGAAGUCUAUGGCCAAGAUUGGACAGAUUUCACGCAAGUGUUUCAUUCAGAUGCUGGAGACCAUUGCAGAUAAAAGUGAAAAAUCCAUUCUUAGAUUUCCUUUGAAAAUUGGAUGUGGUGGUGUAGGUCCACAGUGUCUCCUGACUUUAAGUCACUUGGUGUGAAGUUCCUGGCUUGCAGCAGAUGAUUACUACACAUUCUGGUUUAUUCCCGUGGAAAGAAGCCCAUCCCCAUAGUGGCAAUGCUGAAUUUAUAUGUUGUCCAGGUUUGUCACAGCUGCUUGUUUCCACAUCUCUGAAUGUUCUGAUCCGCAAUGGGCUGCCAGCAGUGAGUGAAGCCAGGAUUUGAAGCAGGUGGCAGCAGGUGAGAGCUGCAAGGCUCAUUGCUGAAGGCGGCAGGAACACCAACAGGUCUGGCCAAAUUCUUGUCCUGAGAAAAUGGAGCCAUUGCCAAGAGUUUUGCAAACCAGAGAAAAGUGUAUAUGUGGGCAGCAAACUGACUCCAGUAUGAAUGUGAAACUUCCUUGUGACAACUUAAAAGGUAACCCUUAAAAUAUUCAUGUGAUCAGGGCUGGAAUUUGUUUCAAGGGCUUCUUACAGAUGGCAACUCUUAUUCUUGCCACACUUCCUCCUAUUUAUCUUGAAGACUAGUUUGAUUGUUUCUGCAAUCUCUGCAUCAAUGCAGAUUGUUGGUUGUGUAUUUUUACCUGCUAUGGUUUUGAGGGAGAACUUUCUGGAAGUCAGUGUUAGAGAGUCUGCACCCCAUGUGGUGGCCACCAGCAAAUGUCAUCAAAAUACUUCAUACUUUGCAAUUGGGAAGACAGUGGAUUGGCAUCUGUAAGACAAACAUGUCUCAUCUCUUAUCCUGGGCCUCUGUGAGUCUAUGGAAAGCUGCCUGUAUUUCUUAAAAUGUUCUACCUGUAGUUACAAGCCAGUCUUGAGAUUUUGAAGCUGUGAAGAAAGUUAAUUUGUGCACUCUCACUACUGAGAGUACUUGGGUGCAACUGAUUUGUCAUUUCUGAAAAGCUUUACAUUAGCAGAAGCAGCAUUUUAUCUUUUUAAGAUGAAAUGUAUUUUUAAAAUAGACACUUUACUAGAAACCAGACUUUAAUGGUACUUCUAUAACCUAAAUUGGAAGUAUUCUUUAGUAUGGGGGCUACCACUACCAGUUUGCAAUCUUCCAUGUUUUACUUCUUUUUUCAUUUUGACCAGUGUGCAUUUUCAAGGAAAACACACAGCUUUACCAGUCACACUAAAACCUAAUUUACAGAGGGAGGAAGAGUGGGCAGUAGAGGCUUAUCAGAAAUUAAUUACUCUUCCCGCAGGACGUGAACUGGUUCUAGAGGCUUCCUUUGUUUAUGUGCAUGUGCAUCUGUGCAGAGAGCCAAGCAGUGUCCCCUCGUGUUAUUUUGCUUUAGCUGUGCCAGAGCUGUACCUUGUGACAAGGGAAUGCUGCUGCCUGAAUGCCAGGCAGCCACCGUCAGCUGAUGCGUCGCUUACUCUAAAGAUCACCAGCAAGUACUGUAGCUUUAAUGAAAUACUUCUCUCCGAGAAAACUCACCCUCCUUAACCUGACUGAUUUGUUACAAACCUGUCAAACAUAGCCAAAUCUAAUAACACUGUACACAGGGUAUUCAUUUACUGGGCAUGUGUAUAUAUUUUUGUACGUUUUUACGGUUAUUUCCUACACUUGAUUUUAUGAUGUUCAGAAGAGAUGCAUCUGAAUCUGGUUAAAAACAAGAAGCUAUUCAGAAAAACCCAAACCUGUCACAUACUGUAGUUUCUACUAAGAUCUGUGCCCAACCAAAUACGCAGAUUUAUAGUGCUAUGCAAAUACUACUUUGUAAGUUGUCUCUUAAAUUUUGCUGAAGUAGUUCAUGCUGUUUUUACUGGGCUUUCAGAAAAAGAUUAAUGCAAAAGAUUCACCUUGUAAAAUAAAAUAGCUUUGGCUGUGUGAAA